CACUACUCUUUGUGGUUUGCAGUAAAGGGAUCUUAUAGGACUGGGUGCUUCUUCUUCUUCUGUACAGUUCUUUGUGCAUACAGGAGCUGCCUGUGUGCUUCACUUCUGCUGAUCAGUCAGUGAAAGCACAGGAUUUGAGCAAACAUGUGGCGUGCCCGUCCACAGAAAGAGCAGGUGCACCCUGCUCCGGGGUCUGACUGCUAAGCAUGCUUGGCAAAAGCCAGUCGACUCCCAGUAAGCUUGACUUGGUAAAAUCGGAGGCUUUUGACUCAUCGGACGAAUACGACAAAAUCACCAUGGCUGACCUGGUGGAAAGUCUGGAUGCCAGAGAGCUUGACCUUGAGGAGGGAGAUGAUUUAGACUACGAUGGGAACUACUUGGGUGACUGUCGCAUCCCCUUUUCUGCGGUGUAUGCCACUGUGGGCAGCAGGGAGAACAGCGCCAAAGUCUACCUGCCCACUGUGCCGGUCACUGCCCGCAUCUUGGAGGUUGAGCGGUUUACUGCAGCACAGGAUCGCUUUAACUUAUCACACCACAGGAGUGUGAAUAAGUCUCUCCCAGCAGUGUUUCGGAUUGAAAUGAAACAUGGCGAGUUCACCUGGGUGAUAAAGAGGAAGGAGAAACAUUUCCUGGAGCUGCACAGAGAGCUGAGGACCUACAAGGCCCUCAUGAGGAUACCACUGCCGUCACGCAGCCACACAGUGAGGAGGAAAACGGUGAAGAAAAGUGAGGUGAGGGAGAUGCCAACUUUGCCCCGGGGCGGAGGAGAUGAGCUGGCACGAGACGAGCAGGUUUCCAGCAGGAGGAGACAGUUGGAGGACUACCUGAAUGGUCUUCUGAAGAUGGCUUUGUACCGCAAACUCCACUAUACUAUGGAGUUCAUUGACGUCAGUCAGCUGUCGUUCAUUCAUGAUUUGGGGCCCAAAGGACUUGAGGGGAUGGUCUACAAGCGAUCAGGCGGACACCGCAUCCCCGGCUUGAACUGCUGCGGUCAGAAUCGAGCGUGCUACCGGUGGUCCAAACGCUGGCUCGUAGUGAAGGACUCAUUCCUGCUGUACAUGAAACCAGACUCGGGAGCAAUUUCCUUCGUCCUACUUGUCGAUAAAGAGUUCAACAUCAAGAUGGACUCCAAAGACACAGAGACCCAACAUGGAGUCCGCGUCGAUAGUCUCUCCAGGACCCUUGUGUUUAAAUGCAUCAGCUACAGAUAUGCUCGCUGGUGGGGUCAAAGCAUUGAGAACUUCGUGAGGAGCCAUGGGAAAGCUUUCCUCAGAGAUCACCGCUUUGGGUCGUUUGCACAAGAACAGGAAAACAUCCCAGCCAAAUGGUAUGUGAACGGAAAGACUUACAUGGAGGAUGUGGCUGAUGCUUUGGAAGAAGCUAAAGAGGAAAUCUUCAUCACUGACUGGUGGUUGAGUCCAGAAAUCUUCCUGAAAAGACCGGUGGUGGAGGGCAACAGAUGGCGGCUUGAUCAUAUCCUCAAACGUAAAGCACAACAAGGAGUUCGAAUCUUUGUGAUGCUAUAUAAGGAAGUGGAGCUCGCUUUGGGCAUCAAUUCAGGCUACAGCAAAAGGACACUCAUGCAUCUACACCCCAACAUCAAGGUGAUGCGCCAUCCAGACCACGUCUCCUCCUCCGUAUAUCUGUGGGCACACCACGAGAAGAUUGUGGUUAUUGACCAAUCGGUGGCCUUUGUGGGUGGGAUUGACCUGGCGUAUGGUCGCUGGGACGACGGAGAGCAUCGGCUGACAGAUGUCGGCAGCGUGACGCGCUCUGUUGCCUUGGAGCAGGGAUUGCUCCCCUCUGAUGGAGUAUCUGUGACUAAUGGUCAAGGGAAGCCGCCUGCAGAUUCGACAGACUUGCCUAAGCUGAAGGGAGUCGGGCGCACCCGGAUCGCCCGCUUCAGUCUGUACAGACACCUGCAAAAACACACCCUGCAGCAUGUGGACAGUGUUAGCAGUGUCGACAGUGCGGGGAGUGGUUCUGUGGGAAGCCUUAAAACUGAUGUCGGAGAGCUGCAGGGCAACACCCGUUUCUGGCACGGAAAAGACUACUGCAACUUCGUCUACAGGGACUGGAUCCAGCUGGAGAAACCUUUUGAUGACUUUAUUGAUAGGUACACCACUCCCAGAAUGCCGUGGCAUGACAUCGCCUCUGUGGUUCACGGCCGAGCUGCUCGAGAUGUGGCAAGGCAUUUUAUUCAGCGCUGGAAUUUCACCAAGAUUAUGAAGCCAAAGUAUCGCUCUCUGUCGUACCCGUUCCUGCUGCCCAAAUCUCAUUCUACAGCCAAUGAGCUUAAGUACCAGGUCCCAGGAAGUGUGAAUGCCAAAGUGCAGGUGUUGCGGUCUGCUUCAGAUUGGUCAGCAGGCAUAAAGUACCACGAGGAGUCCAUCCAUAACGCCUACAUCCAGGUCAUCGCCAAGAGCAAGCACUACAUCUACAUCGAGAAUCAGUUUUUCAUCAGCUGUGCCGACAACAAAACGGUUUAUAACAAGAUUGGAGACGCCAUCAUUGAGAGGAUCAUCAGAGCACACAAGGAAGGUAAGAAGUACCGCGUGUAUGUGGUGACGCCGCUGCUCCCCGGCUUUGAAGGUGACAUCACCACAGGAGGAGGGAACGCCAUCCAGGCUGUCAUGCACUUCAACUACAGAACCAUGAUCAGAGGAGAAUUUUCCAUAAUCUCCCAGCUAAAAAGAGAGAUGGACGAUCAGUGGAUGAACUACAUCUCCUUCGCUGGACUGCGGACUCACGCUGAGCUGGAAGGACGCCUCGUCACAGAGCUCAUCUACGUCCACAGCAAGAUGCUCAUCGCUGACGACAACACGGUCAUCAUUGGUUCUGCUAACAUCAAUGACAGAAGCAUGCUGGGUAAGCGUGACAGUGAAGUGGCGGUGAUUGUGGAGGACUUGGAAACGGUGCCAUCUCUGAUGGACGGACAGGAGUAUGAAGCUGGAGCGUACGCGCUGAAGCUGCGCCUUGAAUGUUUCAGGACCAUCCUGGGAGGUCACACGGAUUCCAGCAUCGACCUGGUCGACCCCAUCAGCGAUCGCUUCUACAAGGAGGUGUGGAUGACCACAGCCGGCCGCAAUGCCACCAUUUAUGAGAAGGUGUUUCGCUGCCUUCCCUCAUCGCUGGUGAGAAACAUGUCAGAGCUGGAGAAUUACCAGACCACGCCCGGUUUGGCCCAAACGGAGAAAGCCCGCGCUCAGGAGGAGCUGCGCAAAAUCCGAGGUUUCCUUGUGCAGUUUCCUCUGGACUUCCUGUCUGAACACAACCUCAUGCCCUCAGUUGGAACAAAGGAGUCCAUGGUCCCAACGGAGAUCUGGACGUGAGGGCCGUGAAGUCCUGAACAGAAACCCACAAACACCUAGGAGGGCUCGACUGUCUGGACAGUCCCUCAAUGUUGAGGAAAUCACUCAUGAUAUCGUAACCCAGACUUCAGACAGUGCUGGACAUUUAAAAAUUGCAACGCAAAAUCACUACACUGUAAAGUUUUUGCUUGUUAGUUGUUGGGUGUGUGUAAGGCCGCACGUUUUGUUUUCACAUUGAGGAAAACUGAAGUUUGGUGAAACAUUUUCACCUCUGGAUGCUGAGAUUUGGAAAGAAAUGAGCUGUUUGUUUAAGGGACCACAAAUAGGAAGUAGGAAUUAUCCUAUAAAAUACGUAGGAGAUGCUGCUGUCUGUGAUGUCAUCGCUUCACAAGUUGGAACUGGGAGUGGUGCUUGAGCCUGCAUUUAGGAACAUUUUAAGCUUUUAGGCAAAUUCACAAAGUUUUUAUUGAGUGAAAUAAAAAAAAAAUAAAUACUUUUCAGCCAUUAAACCUGGUUAUGACAGGUUUGACUUCAUAUGCAAUUAAAAUAUAUCCACAUGCCCAAAAUACAAACAUUUUAUGGGCCUGUUUUCUAUUUUUCAGAGCCGAGUUUGAUUAAGCAAUUCGGAUAUUGGCCACAAGAUGGUGCUACUUCCAAAAACAAGACAAGAUCUGAGUUUGUGCUGUCUUGGUCUCAAGAGAACAGCUUUUAACAAAUUCCAAUGUAAAAAUUCUAUUUAAAGAGAUAUUAUCUCAAUCUUAGAAGCUUUUAUGAUCCCAUGUAUUUUUGUUUGAAUUGGUUAUAGAAUAUUUAAUAUUUUUAGAUGACACAUUUCUGCUUAAAUAACACUUUUCUUUUUUGCUGGUUCAGGUCUGCUAGUUAAUUAUCAUUUGUGGUCGUGUUUCUUUUAGAUUACAUUUCUUUUACACAGUAUAUAUAUACAGAUCUUCCCAGAAUGUGAAAAUCACUUCUUUGGAACCACAUAUUGAAGCCAGUGGUACAUAAAUGCCUGAGGAUAAAGAGAAUGUCAAUCAAAAACAUACCUUGAAUAUUUUUUGGAGGCCCCUUUUUUCUCUCUUCCCAUGAUCCUGUCUUGACAAAGACAUGACGUAUCCCAUUCUUUGGAAUAUUCCCACGUUGUACGCCUCAAGGAAUUGAGCUGAAUUUUCCUGAAAAACAACUGGAUUGGGACCAAAAAUGUAAAGUGAAGGACUGCCAGAGAAGCACAUUUAAGGCAUUAUUGUCUGUGAUUUUUAUCAAUGCUGUAUUUUUGUGUUUAUUAUUUAUGAAAUAAAAAGCAUUUAACUUUC